AUGCAUCCAGAUCCCGGACGCUUACAGGCACUGCUCUUCAUCGCCGCCGCGGGUCUCCUCUCUGCCACGAGCUCAGAUUUAACUCCCCGUUUUAUUUCUGAGCCCUUAUCUACAGUCCAGAAGUCCGGUGGGCCUGUACAGCUCCGCUGCUCUGCUGAGCCCUCCGCGGCUCGCCUUUCUUGGCUGUUUAAUGGGGAGCCUCUGGACAGCAAGGCGGGAGAAGUGGAAAUCCAGUCAGGAUCUCUGAGAAUCGUCUCCCUCGGCCCGUCAACGUCUGGUCGCUAUCAGUGUGUUGCUAACAGCAGCGUGGGCGCCGUUGUGAGCAGGCCGGCAACGGUAUCAAUGGGCAGCCUAGCGGGUUUUGAGACGCCGGUGAAACCUGCCGUCGCAGCAGAGGAAGGAGGUACGGCUUUCCUUGGCUGCGAGGUGCCAGAAAGCAACCCUAAAGCACAGGUUCGCUUUCAAGUGCGGGGACGGUGGCUGGAACAAUCAACAGACAACUACCUAAUACUUCCAUCUGGAAACCUGCAGAUUUUGAAUGUAUCGUCAGAAGACAAAGGAUCCUAUAAAUGUGCAGCGUACAACCCCGUCACUCACGAUCUCAGAGCAGAACCCGCUGGACGUAAGCUGGUAGUCACACGCUCCUCUUCCUCAGGCGGCUUCCGUGUCCUUCACCCCCUGGCACCGCAGAGCCUGGCAGUGCCCCGGCACAGCCCUCUGAUGCUGGAGUGCGUGGUCAGUGGGCUGCCUCCAGCCGCCGUCCUCUGGGUUAAGGACGGCCGGGACGCCCUGAGAAAAGGCAGGUGGAGACGGCUGCACUCUCACCUGGUGACGGACAGGCUUGAGGCGUCGGACUCUGGCAACUACUCCUGCGUGGCAGGAAGUGACUUUGGAGUAGUGAAAUACGCUAACUAUUCACUUACUAUACUUGAACCUGCCUCGAUCUCCAAGGGACUGCAAGACGAAACCGUGGCCGCUGGAGCGACGGCGCAUUUCUGGUGCGAUGUCAGCGGAACCCCUGCGCCAACCCUCACCUGGCUGCACAACGCAGCUCCCCUCCGCCCCUCGCCGCGGCACGUGCCGACGGGAAACCGUCUGCGGAUCCGCGGCGUCACCCAAGAGGACUCUGGCUUGUACCAGUGUGUGGCAGACAACGGGGUUGGGUUGGUGCAGUCCACUGGGAGACUUCGUGUCCAGCCAGGCAAAGGCUCUAGGCCAGUUAUAGUCUCUCCACCAGCAAGCACCGUUGUGACGGAUGGUGGGGACGUUACGCUGUCUUGCAAUGCCACUGGCCGACCCGUUCCCGUCAUCCGUUGGUACGACAGCAGAGGACUCAUUCCCAGCCCCCCCGCCCAGGUGCUUCCCUCAAAACCGCAGAAACCUCCUCGAGCAGCGCCGGGCGCCGACUUCGCCGUGUCUGAGGCGGGCUCGAGCUCCUUGCACGUGAGGAACGUGACUCCCGAGCGUGCCGGCGAGUUCACGUGCGAAGCCAUCAACGAGCACGGCUCCGCGGUGGCCAAAGCCUUCCUUACAGUCGUUCCCCUAGAAUCUGACCCGAAAGCGGAAGAAAUGGCUCCCGUGGAGAUGGCCCAGAGCGAUGAAAGCGAGGGCGAUUUUGGUGCAGAAAAACCGUCUGCGAGCUCGCCUCCGCCCAAACUGCGUUCGGAUGCAGCUGCGACGGAAAAGCCCUCGAAUGCCGCCGCUCCCCCCGAAGCCCCCAUCAUCCUGAGCCCCCCGCAGACGCUGAAGCCGGACGUGUACAACCUGGUGUGGCGGUCGGGGAGGGACGGGGGCUUGCCCAUCAACGCCUAUUUCGUCAAAUACCGCAAGCUGGACGACGGCGUCGGCGCGGUGGGAAGCUGGCACACGGUGCGUGUCCCUGGCAGCGAGAACGAGCUGCGGCUCACCGAGCUGGAGCCUUCCAGCCUGUAUGAAGUUCUAAUGGUGGCGAGGAGUGCUGCCGGCGAAGGCCAGCCCGCUAUGCUGACAUUUCGCACCAGCAAAGAAAGAACAUCAUCCUCGAAAAACACUCAGGCUCCGUCUCCACCCGUGGGCAUUCCCAAACAUCCCAUCGUCCACGAAGGGACGAAUAACUUCGGCGUGGUCCUUCCAGACCUGUCUCGACACAGCGGAGUUCCAGAAGCUCCCGACCGACCCACGAUCUCCACAGCGUCCGAAUCAUCCGUCUACGUCACGUGGAUACCGCGAGCGAACGGUGGCUCCCCCAUUACCGCCUUCAAAGUGGAGUACAAGCGCCUGGGUCGCAACAGCGACUGGCUGGUCGCAGCUGAUCACAUCUCUCCUUCCAAGUGCAACGUCUUCUUUCUUCUGCUUUUUCCCUUAAAAGGAGAGAUGUAUAGGUUCCGUGUGAUUGCUGUGAACAAUUACGGGGAGAGCCCACGCAGCGCAGCCUCUCGCCCCUACCAAGUAGCCGGAUUUACCAGCCGGUUUUCCAGCCGCCCCAUCGCAGGACCUCACAUUGCCUACACCGAAGCCGUCAGCGACACUCAGAUCAUGUUAAAAUGGACGUAUAUUACAUCAAGCAACAACAACACCCCCAUCCAAGGAUUUUAUAUCUAUUACCGGCCCACGGACAGCGACAACGAUAGUGACUACAAGAGGGACGUCGUGGAAGGCACGAAGCAAUGGCACCUGAUAAACCACCUGCAGCCGGAAACCUCUUACGACAUCAAAAUGCAGUGCUACAACGAAGGCGGCGAAAGCGAGUACAGCAACGUGAUGAUCUGCGAAACCAAAGUGAAACGCACGCCGGGAGCAUCCGAAUAUCCCGCCAAGGACCUGAGCACGCCGCCGAAUCCCCCCGACCGCGUUGGGGGAAGCGGAGCCGGGCCCUCGAAUGGCCCCGUCCGGAGCAGCGACAUGCUCUACCUGAUCGUGGGCUGCGUCCUUGGGGUGAUGGUCCUUAUUCUCAUCGUUUUCAUCGCCAUGUGCCUGUGGAAGAACCGUCAGCAGAACGCCAUGCAGAAGUAUGACCCUCCUGGCUAUCUCUACCAAGGGGCGGAGAUCAACGGGCAAAUGAUUGAGUACCCCGCCAAAAGCCGAGUCAACGGCAGCCUCCACGGAAACUUCAUGAGCAACGGCGGCCUCGGCAACGGCUGUCCGCAUGUCCAUCAUCAAGUUGCUAAUGGAGUUAACGGGAUGGUGAACGGAGGAGCUGGGCUGUACCCAGGGCGCACCAGCUCCCUGUCCAGGACGCACGUGGACUACGAACACCCCCACCAUCUCGUGAACGGCGGCGGGAUGUACACGGCAGUGCCGCAGGCUGACCCCUCGGAGUGCCUCAGUUGCCGAAACUGUCGGAACAACAACAGGUGUUUCACCAAAACCAACGGCACUUUCGGCGGCGCCGCCCUCCCCGUCGUGCCCAUCGUAGCACCUUACCAGCAGGAGGGUUUGGAGAUGAAACCCCUGAAUCACCACGUCAUGGUGGCCAUGUGCUUGGCCUCCGCCGUCCCAGAGUGCGGCGCCCGGCUGGAGGAGGACGGCAAGGAGAGAGCGGAGCAGCCCUCGGCCCAGCAUCCCUGCUGUCGGGAAGGCGUGACCCGGCUCUCCGCGGACGGCGACAGCUGCGUGCACUCGGAAACGUCGAACCACGUUCUGAGCUGGAGUCCCCUCAUUCUGCAGCCCGUUCCCAAGGACUGUAAGGAAAAACCAGGAUGGAGUUCAUCCGGAGUCGCCUUAAACGGUUCUGGGGACCUUCGGCAGCUGCAGGAAACCUGA